AUGUUGGUUGAGAAGGCCACCACAGUGCAAGACGAAAUAGUCAAUUCCGGUCGGGGCGGAGCCAAUGCUAAAGAGUUCUACAACCAGAACCACACAUGGGCAGAAGGACUUAUCUCAGCUGCCCGAGAGGUGGGAUGGUAA